GGCGUUAUUGUAGAGAGAUUUCAACUAGAUCGUGUAAGAAGGCACUCCCCAUAUGCGUUAAUAAACGCAUUGUCUCGUUCCCUUUGUUUCAGGGAACCGAGGUUACGUAUGUAACCGAGACGUUUUACAAGCUGUUGAGCUAAGCCCCGCCUUGAGUUUAGAAACCUACACACACGACCAAAUACAAACACAUACUCACGUGCGAUCACACACUUUUCAUACUGUAUGGACUGGCAUGCCGCACGAGAGGUGGAGAGAAGAAGAGGGGCGGGCUUGAACUACAUUUCAACAACCGAGAGUCUGAAUCGAACUUAAUCAACCUUAUUUUUAUGCCCGUGGUAAGUUGUAGAAGUGGCUUCCUGAACUUCUGAUCGGUCGCCAGCAUCAGAAGUAUUUCAUUUGGCUCCCGGCGUCUCCUCCUCGGCGUGGGUUUGAGCGCAUAUAAACUGAACGGCCCAAGUGUUCGGCUGCUGAAUGUAGGCCAAAGGGCAUGAACAAAAGAACAGUGACUGAUGACAUGGAGAUGCAGCAUGAUCCAGAUGUGCAGUUUAAACUGGCUUAUCCAGACUCGGGAGGAAUCGACCCAGUUCCCAAAACCAGAGUGAGGGGCCAGUGGUCCAGUAAAGUAGAGUUUAUCUUGGCUGUUGCAGGACAGAUCAUAGGUUUAGGAAAUGUGUGGAGGUUUCCAUAUCUGUGUUACAAGAAUGGAGGAGGAGUGUUUUUCAUUCCAUAUGUGGUCUUUCUGUUUGCUUGUGGCAUUCCACUCUUUCUCUUGGAAACUGCUCUGGGUCAGUACACUAGCCAAGGGUCUAUCACCUGCUGGAGGAAGAUCUGCCCACUAUUUGAAGGCCUUGGUUAUGGGAGUCAGGUGGUCGUCUUAUAUUCCAGUAUCUACUACAUCAUCAUUCUGGCCUGGGCUUUCUUCUAUCUCUUCUCUUCUUUCAGUGGUGAAUUACCAUGGGCUAGCUGCAGGAAUUGGUGGAAUUCAGGUAGUGACAAAGCUAGUUACUCUAUAUCUGUGAUUUGCAAGUUUUAUGGAGAAUUCCAGCUGAUUUCCAUCUGUUACUGCUAUACAGAUACCUGUGUCGAGUUUGACCGAAUGGAAGGGAUAAGAAACAUGAGCUUAAUGGUGAAUGCAUCAUCGCCUGUCAAAGAAUUCUGGGAGAGGCGAGUAUUGAAUAUCACCGGCAGUGUGAAUGAGCUGGGCAGUUUGAGGUGGGAGCUGGCUCUCUGUCUCCUGUUGUCCUGGAUCAUUUGCUACUUCUGUGUGUGGAAGGGAAUAAAGUCAACGGGCAAGGUUGUAUAUUUCACUGCUACCUUUCCAUAUGUAAUGCUGCUGGUGCUUUUGAUUCGGGGUCUCACGUUGCCUGGAGCCAUUAAUGGCAUUCACUUCUACCUCUACCCUAAUCCUUCACGCCUUGCAGAUCCACAGGUGUGGAUGGAUGCGGGAACACAAAUUUUCUAUUCCUACGCUCUUUGCAUUGGGUGCCUCACAGCUUUGGGAAGCUAUAAUAAGUACAACAACAACUGCUACAAAGAUUGUGUUUAUCUGUGCCUGCUGAACAGUGGAACCAGCUUUGUGGCUGGCUUUGCCAUCUUUUCAGUGUUGGGCUUCAUGGCUUUUGAGCAGGGAAUCGAUAUUUCAAUGGUCGCAGAGUCAGGUCCUGGUUUGGCAUUCAUUGCAUAUCCAAGAGCAGUAGCCAUGAUGCCAAUGCCUCAGCUAUGGUCCAUAUGUUUCUUCAUAAUGAUCAUUUUACUGGGGCUGGACAGUGAGUUUGUGGGUUUGGAAGCUCUCAUGACAGCUAUAACAGACAUGAAUCCCACCUUCUUCCUCCAAGGACACCGUCGUAAAAUCUUCCUACUCCUCAUCUGUGUGGGCAGCUUCCUCAUCGGCCUCCUGAUGGUGACAAAGGGUGGCUUGUAUAUCUUCCAGUUAUUUGAUUACUAUGCCUGCAGUGGAAUGACCCUCCUGCUAUUUGCCAUUGCACAGUCAAUAUGUAUUGGCUGGUUUUAUGGUGCUGACCGUCUAUAUGAAAAUGUUGCAGACAUGAUUGGUUAUCAUCCUUUGCCGCUAAUGAAAUACUGUUGGAAGUACAUCACCCCUAUCGUGUGCACAGCCACAUUUGUCUUCUCUUUGGUCAAAAUUACUCCAAUAAAGUUUAACAACACACUUGAAUACCCCUGGUGGGGCUAUGCUGUUGGCUUGUGGUUCACUCUUUCUUCAACAUUGCUGGUUCCCAUAUGGAUGAUCUACAUCCUCCUCAUCACCCCUGGUACACUAAAACAGAGAUUGCGUAUCCUCUGCACUCCAUCAAAUGACUUGCCUUUGACAUCAGAAAGACAAAAAUAGACCCUGUGACCACAUCAUGAAGUACAACAUGUUCUGUCACUGCUAGAGAAGCAUUUGAAAAACACAUCCUUCGGCUGUAAUUGGGGCAACUGUAGAUAUCAUUAAUGCCUCUGAAGAUAAACAUUCACGUGAGAUUUCAAGAAGGCAGCAUGGACUGUAGAAAAAUAUAUACAGUAUGUUUUUAGUGUUACUGUCUCAGUUAUCAGGCAUCUAAACUUGGGUUGCCUUAAACUGGAAAUGAGUUCCCAUGCCUAGUGCACUAAUUUAUGAUCGAGAAGCUUUUUAUAACCGUCCGGUCAUACACUUACCAAGAAAAAUGUAAGCACAACUUCCAUGUAUUAGAACUGUAUUUUAGGGAAACUCUGUUAUCUUCAAUGUCAUCCUUAACUGUGACAGAUAGGUUACAUUUUGGAUUAUCCAAUGUUCAUUACAGUUGGUAUAUGAUUAAAAAACUUUAGAUAAUAUGUGUUAUUUACAGUUAGAGAGACUUCAAACUGCUUGUAAUGGUUUAACCAGAGUGGCUCGCUGUCUCUUGUGACAGAGUUGCAAGGCUUGUUUGGUUCAUUAAAUGAAUGGUAGAACAUAAUAGUAUUUUAGAUUUUGUUAAUAUUUAAGAAUAAGAUUGUUUUUGUGAAUUAAUCAUGCUCCCCGUCCUGUACUGUGCCGAUGGGCGAUGCAUGUGUUUUAGGAAUAUUUUGAAAUUAUAUUGGGGAUUACUAUUUUACAUACUGUAUGUUAAAUGUUUGCUCAACAUUUUCUCAACAAUACAUAUAAUUAUGUCCAAACAGAAUCAUAUUUUAUGACUUAAAUCUACUCUCAAUGAACAGUCUGUCUUUUUGUAAAAUGCACAUUUUUAGGGAAUAUCUGUAGGGCAUUUAAGCUUAGAUGAACAUAUUUGCAUACAAUGAACUGAUGCACUAAAAAGGCCAGUGUUUGAUAAUGUGCCAUAAGAUUUUAAUAAAUGUUAUUUUUGAAUCAACAAUUAAAAUGACUGAAAAUGAAAAAUAAUUUGGUAAGAUCCACAGGACCUUAAUGAGCAUAAUUUGCUCUUAAACAGUUUUAUUCUUUCUCUCUGUUAAGACUUUGGGUGGCAUUUGUUAAUGAAAUUAAGCCAUACUUUGAAAAACUCUCUGUGUAGCUAGGAAAACACUUGUCAGUUGUGCUUAUUUCAAGAGUUUUAGUUGAUAGUCAUAAUUUUUUUACAAUAUAUGUGUGUGUGUGUGUGUGUGUGUGUGUGUGUGUGUGUG